GCGCAUGAGGGCGGAAGUGGUUUCCUUCUCAAAGCGCCUUGUGUGGCAGAUGGCGGGCACUGGUAGGCGAGCGGUAUCCCCGUCGGGGUCGGCGGGACCAGGAAGUCCGGGACGGCGGCAAGCGCGGCGGCGGGGGCAGCAGCAGCAGCUGCGAGGGCAGCAGAAGUGCUUGUCCCCACGGCCGGGGCAGCGCGGCAAAGAAAAGAAGAAAGUGAAUUGCAAGCCUAAGAAUCAGGAUGAACAGGAAAUCCCUUUUCGGCUUCGAGAGAUCAUGAAGAGUCGUGAGGAGAUGAAAAAAUCCCUCAGUUUCAAGAAGAGGAAGAAGGAGGCCCAGGUGGCCUUCAGGAACACUCUGGAGAAGGAAGCAAAGGGAGUGGAGCCGGAUAUCAUGGUUCCCAAGUUCAAGCAGGGAAAGAGGGAGUCCGAUGGGGCUUACAUCCAGCGCAUGGAGCAGGAGACCCAGUAUGUGCUGUUCCUCAGCAAGAACCAGACCAGCCGGCAGCCAGAGGUGCAAGCAGCUCCCAAGAAGGAGAAAUCUGAGCGGAAAAAAGCGUUCCAGAAACGGCGACUAGAUAAAGCCCGGCAGAAAAAGGAGGAGAAGGCAGUGGAGAGGCUAGAGCAGGAGCUACUGCGAGACACAGUGAAGUUUGGAGAGGUUGUCCUGCAGCCCCCAGAGCUGACCGCUCAGCCCAGGAGGAGCACAAGCAGAAACCAGCCUGGCAGGAAGUCCCUGAUGCUGAAGAUGCUUUUGAGCUCUGGCUCUGUGUCCCAGCAGUGUCAGGCCACCUCACUGGCCCGGCAGCGGAUUGUGGAGAAGGAGCGGGAGCGGGUUGUGCAGUCCUACCGGGCCCUGAAGAAGCUGGAGCAGCAGGGGGUGCCACCACCACAGCCGCAGGGCCACACUUCCCAGAGGAAGCCUGAGGCUCACCUAUGAUGGAGACUUGGGAGUCUGGUACCCAGGGAAACUGGCCGGUUCAAAGUGCCACGUGCGCCCGCACCCCACGCAGCCAAUGCUUCGGAGGCCAAGGGGUGGGCCCGCAAGUCCACACCCCCGGAGGAGGCAGGGCUGGGGCCUUAAAACAGCGGCGUGGGCAUGGAUCCUGCUGCCACGAAAGUAUUCCCAGAGAUCUCAGCAAAUCCCAAGUCCGCCAGGAGCACGUCAAAGUGCUGGACUCUUGUAUGAUCUUUGUGUGUGUGUGUGAUCUUUUAAUCCCCUUCCCCAAAUUUGCAUUUUCCAGAGUGAAGUUUAUUAAAUUUUUGAUAUUUUUUUUUUGGUACCGGGGAUCGAACUCAAGACCUUGUGCUUGCCAGGAAAGCGCUGGAACCACUGAACUAAAUCCCCAGCCCCAAACUUUUGCUGUUUUUGAAAUCAGAUUGUUAGCCUCUGAAGUGGUUUCCUCUACCUUGUGACACAAACUGGUGGCUCACCCACCUGGGUGGGUGACUGGGAUGGGCGUCGCCACUUUGAGUUCUACCUGGCAGCACUCAGGGCCUCUGGUCAAUUAGAGAAGUGGAAGUUUGGACAACACUUGGCACCUGGGAAGUUUGAAUCAGGAGCCGCUGUCGCUGAUGGUGCAGGUGUCUACAUGCAAGUGCUUCCAUCCAUUCCAGAGGCUGUGACCUGCAUCUGAGGCGUGGGACGGACUACCUCUGUAGCCAACUGUGACUUGGAUUAAGGGACUCUGUUUGCCUCUUCUGCUCCCUGUAAACCUUCCUGUCAUGUGGAUCUUUGCAGGCUCCUGUUCCUGACCCUCUCCGAUGCAUCUGUCCCCGCCCAUCCUGUGCUUGAUACAGCAAGACCAUGCAGUACCUGGUGCUCCUUGCUCAGGGCCUUUUAUUUUUUGAUUAGUAUAUUUUAGUAAUACAGAACAGAUUGAUCUUGGGAAA